CCUCUUCUUCGUCUAGCUUCGAGCGACAGGGGGUUUCGUGUGGACAUGCUGAAAUCCAUCUUCGGAUGAAAACACUUGCUAGACGGGUUCGGAAGCACCAAAUAUGUUUUUCUACUGUAAGAUCCAGAACUCUUCUUCAAUCCUGCAAAAAUUUCUCUUCAACCUCUUCAAAGAAACCCGAAUGGAAGUCCCAAACCAAGGUAAUAAUCACGAACCCAGUUCUUUUAGUCAUGGAAUCCUGCACUUCCAUGUUCCAACUAAAGCAAAUUCAAGCACAGAUGACUCGGACGGGUCUCAUUACUCAUACAUUCCCUUUAAGCCGGGUCUUAGCCUUUUGUGCUCUGUCCGACUCUGGAGACAUGAGUCAUGCCGAUCUUCUAUUCAACCGGAUUGAAAACCCCAACACUUAUAUGUGGAAUACUAUGAUUAGAGGCUACUCUAGGGCCAGAAUGCCGGCUGUAGGAUUGUCAUUUUUCUUCCGAAUGGUUCAUGAAAGUGUCGAAAUGGACAGCCGCAGCUUCGUUUUUGUUCUCAAGGCAUGCGGGCAGUUGUUUAGAGAUUUUGAAGGAAAGUUCGUUCAUUGCAGAAUUUGGAAGAUGGGGUUCGAUUCUGAUACGCUGGUGCAGAAUGGAUUGAUCCAUUUUUAUGGAGUUAUUGGGCGUUUGAGUUCUGCUCGCAAAGUAUUCGAAGAAAUGACUUGUAGGGAUGUUUUUUCUUGGACCUCAAUGAUUGAUGCGUACACCACUCACAAUUGUGUGAAUGAGGCCUUGGAGCUGUUUAAAUCAAUGUUGAUGAGCGAUGUAGAGCCUAAUGAAGUUACUAUGGUUGCAGUGAUAGCGGCUUGCUCACAAAAGGGGAGUUUGGAAAUUGGGAAAUCUAUACAUGAAUAUAUAAAAAUGAAGAAAGUGACUUGUAGCAUUAAUUUGAUGAAUGCAAUCUCAGAUAUGUACGUGAAAUGCGGUUGCCUCAGUGCAGCUAGAGAGAAUUUUAACAACAUGAAAGCUAGGGAUGUCUUCUCAUGGACAACUAUGGUCAAUGGGUACGCUAAAUUUGGAGAGUUGGAUGAUGCGAGAAAGUUGUUUGAUGAGAUGCCCGAGAGAAAUGAGGUAUCAUGGAAUGCCAUGAUUGCAGGUUAUUCACAAAAUAACCAGCCAAAGGAAGCCAUAGUAUUAUUUCAUGAAAUGGUAGAGGCAGGUUUGAUUCCAAUGGAGAGCACUUUAGUGUGUGUGCUCUCGGCUUGUGGUCAAUUGGGUUAUUCUGAAUUAGGUCAGUGGAUUUACUACUACUAUAUGGAUCAUCAAAGGAUAAAGCCUAGUGUGAUUCUCUCAAAUGCAUUUGUAGACAUGUAUGCCAAAUGUGGCAUACUAGGAGCAGCUGCAAAAAUCUUUAGUGAAAUGUCGGAGAGAAAUUUGGUAUCUUGGAAUUCCAUUAUUGCAGCCUAUGCUUCCCAUGGUCAUUCCAAAGAAGCCAUUGCUGUCUUUAGAGAAAUGACAAGUGCUGGAGUCAAGCCUGAUGACAUUACCUUUGUGGGUGUCUUGUCGGCAUGCACUCAUGGUGGACUGGUGACUGAAGGCCGAGAUUAUUUCGAAAACAUGGAAAGAAAUUUUGGGUUAGUUCCCAAAGGGGAACAUUAUGCUUGCCUUAUCGAUUUACUUGGUCGAACUGGGUUCCUGGAAGAAGCUUAUGAGUUAAUAAUGAAAAUGCCAAUGGAACCUAGCGAAGCUGCUUGGGGUGCCCUUCUUAACGCGUGUAGUAUGCACGGGAAUGUUGAGCUGGCCAAGGUUGCUGCGACUAGACUUUUAAGCUUGGAUCCUGAAGAUAGUGGGGUAUAUGUUCUGUUGGCCAACAUUUGUGCAAACGGGAGAAGAUGGGGUGAUGUGAGGAUGGUUAGAAGUAUGAUGAGGGAGAGGGGUGUCAAGAAGACUCCCGGGUGUAGUUUGAUAGAGGUUGAGGGCAAGGUUCAUGAAUUCUUUGUUGCUGAUAAAUCACAUCCUCUGUCCAAAGAGAUCUAUGAAGCAUUAAGUGAAAUAACAUUGUUGUCCAAAUUGGAAACUAUGUACCAAACACUUCUCAUUUAAUGAAAUUUGAGAGGAUGAUUCUGUAUGUAUCAAUUUAUAUAAAUUUGAUCCACUGUAGCUUAAAACUCAUUGCUUCUUUUAUUUAUUUGAUCUUUUGUGUACUUGGAACAA